GUCAUGUUGGGAUUUUUGGCCGUUUAUGGUGAAGCGCAAGAGAAUUCAACAAAGAGUCCUACUUCAGACCCGACCCAUCUGAUCUCAGUUCCCAGAGUGGUUCAUCCUGGUGUUCCAGUUACCAUCUCCGUCACCAUUCUCACCAAAUCACCUGUACUGGUCGUGUCUGAGAUCGUCAAGAAUAAUGCCAGCCUGAGCCGAACUGAGAGCACCAUCACAGCAGGCUCCACUGAACUUCAAGUGCUUCCUCCAGUCCCUGAAGAUGAUCAGAGCUCAGGGAGCCCAUAUGAGCUGGUCGUGAAAGGCUACAUCAGUGGCGUCUUGCUCUUCUCCAACUCUGCCCAGCUUCAGUACAUGAGCAAGAGUGUCUCCAUCCUCCUCCAGACCGACAAACCCAGAUACAAACCGGGCCAGGAUGUAAAAAUCCGAGCUCUCCUGAUAAACCGUGAUGGAAAACCGUACAACAAACCCGUGGAUAUUUUCAUCAGGGAUCCUAAAGACAAUCUGAUCCAUCAGUGGCUGAAUGUGAGCACGACCGUCGGCCUUGUAUCUAAAGAAUUCCAGCUGACUGAGAAUCCUUCUCUCGGCUUUUGGAAAAUUCAAGCAACAAUGAAUAAAUACACACAGGAAAAGUUCUUCGACGUGAGUCACUACGUGCUUCCUAAAUUUGAGGUGCUGCUGGAUGUUCCUAACAUUGUGUACUAUACAGACAACCUAACAUACACCGUAACAGCCAGAUAUCUCAAUGGAAAGCCCGUUGUUGGAGACGUGUCUGUCAUUUACAACCAUGGCUACUACUAUGGCAUGAUGACAUAUGAAAAAUUUAAGAUUAACGGACAGGCUGAUCUCAGCUUCAACUUUUCAGCUACUGACAGGUUUAAUCGGUCUGGAGGCUACUGGGACUACUGGUACUACGAUUAUAUCACCGUCGAUGUGACGGUCACAGAGCUUCUGACUGGUGUAAACUAUAGUAGCAGUGCACAGGUUUCCAUUACACCGUCCAGAUAUAAUCUGCAGUUCCAGGAUGAUUCUUCCACCUUAAAGCCGUUCAUGAACUUCUCCACCCAGCUGAAAGUUUCCACCCUCAGCGGCCGCCCCCUAACCACAGAGGAACAGAAGCACAAUGUGACUUUCACCAUAACCCAGCAGACUUACAGAUCAUGGAUGCCAGUCAGGGUGGACAACUUUAAACCUGUGGAGUUUGUUUCCCCCGGGCCGGAGUCUGUACCACCACAGACCGCUUCUUAUUACGAUCCGAAUAUUUCAGUCAUGAAAUUACAGCUUCCGGUUCCUGCUGAUGGAGUCGUGCCCCUGCAGUUUGGGCUGUCGGAAAAAGUCGAUUCGCUGACGAUAGAGGCGAAGUAUGAGGACCAGCGCACCUACCUCUACAAGUACAAAGACUUUACUUCUCCCAGUGAAUCAUACAUGACGCUCAGGAGGACGAGCUCUCCACAGAUCGGACAACCUCUUCACAUGAGCGUGCAAAGUAGUUUCCCCUUAACUGAAUUCCAUUACAUGGUGAUAUCUCGAGAUCAGCUGGUGGCUGUGGGGACUUUGACGUCGCCUGAUUUUACUUUGACCCCCGAUAUUUCCUGGGUUCCUCUGGCGACUGUCUUUGUGUACUGCGUCCGACCCAGUGGAGAAGUCGUCAACGAUGCACUGGGGGUUUCCUUCACACAAGUCCUGAAAAACAAUGUAUCUCUGAAAUGGCAGAGGGAGACAGCAGAGCCGGCGGAGAACCUUUCUCUUUCCAUCUCUGUAUCUGAGCCUGGAUCUCUGGUGGGACUUUUGGUGGUGGACAAGGCCAACCAGGACUCAGAUCGGAGCAAUGACAUCACGGAGCAGAGGGUCAUCCAGGAGCUGGCUGCCUACAGUGCCUCAGGGUUUUGGUACUGGUGGGGGAAUGACCCGUCCUCAGUAUUCAUGAGGGGCGGCGUCAUGGUCAUCACUGAUGCCAAUUUGGAAUCCAUGAACAUAUAUCCUGAAGCCUUUAGACCAAUGAUGAUGAAUGAUAUGGUUGCCAUGGAUAGUGCAGCAUCAACAUCAAUGUCGGGGGCAGAUCCUCGUCAGCGUAGGAAUUUCCCUGAAACCUGGCUGUGGCUUGAUGUUGACAUGAGAGAAUCUACCACGUCAGCACUUACGGUCACCGUGCCGGACAGCAUGACCUCCUGGGUGGCGACGGCCUUCGUUAUAUCUGAGAAUCUGGGUUUGGGGAUCAGCUCCCCUGCAGAGCUGAGCGUAUCUCAAGACUUCUUCAUAUCGCUGACGCUCCCGGUGUAUCUGAUCCGAGGUGAGCUUCUCCUGCUCCAGGUCAGCCUCUUCAACUACAUGGACCAGGAUCAGGAGGUGGUGGUGAAAGUUGCUGAAAGCGACAGGUUUGACUUCGUGACCUCGGCUGGUGAUGGUUCUGCAUUAGACGGCGUGCAGACGGUGACUGUGGCGGGUCAGAGUAGUGUGAUGGUGCCCUUCGCCAUCAGAGCCACCAAGCUUGGUCAGAUGCCAAUCUCCGUCAAAGCCCUGGGAUCCUCCGCCUCCGAUGCCGUCUAUCAAACCAUCCUAGUUAAGGCGGAGGGAAGGGAGCAGUCGUUUACCCAGACGCUGUUUCUAGAGUUUUCUCCAGGCACGACUUCAGUGUCCCGAGAGCUGAAGUUUGAGUUUCCUCAGGCGGCAGUGCCAGGAAGCCUUAGUGCCCGGGUCACUGCGGUCGGUGACCUUCUGGGACCGUCCAUCAACGGUCUGGAGUCUCUGAUCGAGAUGCCGUACGGCUGCGGUGAGCAGAACAUGAUCAACUUCGCUCCGAACGUUUAUGUGCUGCAGUAUCUGAACAAGACGGGCAAAGUUAACGAGGAGACGAGAUCCAAAGCUCUGAAGUACAUGAAGCAAGGUUAUGAGGGUGAGUUGUCGUACCAGAGGUUUGAUGACUCUUUUAGUGCUUUCGGAGAAAGUGAUCCUUCUGGUAGCACAUGGUUAUCAGCGUUUGUGCUGAGGUGCUUCCUUCAGGCUCGGCCGUUCAUCUACAUCGACGACGGCGUGCUGAGUAAGACGGUGAGCUGGCUGAGUGCGCAGCAGAAUCCCGACGGCUCCUUUAACGAGACUGGACGGGUCAUUCACACUGAGCUGCAGGGAGGACUGGAUGGUCCGGUGUCCCUCACGUCCUACGUCCUCAUGGCUCUCCUGGAGGACAGUGAUUACAGCAGCCAGCAUGCUGACGCGGUGUCUGCGGCGGUGAAAUAUCUGACGUCCAGGCUGAAUCAGGGAAUCUCUAGUAACUACAGUCUGUGUCUGGUGACGUACGCCCUGUCUCUCGCCCGGAGUCCUGCGGCUAACUCUGCUUUAACUCAGCUGAUGAACAGAGCCGACAUGAACGAUGGCGUGCCCAUGUGGAGCGCCGGUGGAGGCCUGGUAUCGAACUCGUGGCAGCCGCGCUCGUCCGAUAUCGAGAUGGUUUCCUACACCAUGCUCUCUCUGUACACGCUGGGAAGUGUGGAGCAGGGACUGGGACUCAUGAAGUGGCUCAGCCAGCAGAGGAACCACCUCGGAGGAUACGGUUCCACACAGGACACAAUCAUUGCACUGCAGGCUUUAUCGGCGUACGCUUCGAUGGGCAGCACCGAGCAGAUCAACCUUCAGAUCACAGUGACAUCACCAGCGUCCACUCUGGCCACGUUCACCAUUGACAGCACCAAUUAUCUGAUUUACCAGAACAAAGAGAUUGAAGCUGAAAAUCCACUCAAUCUUCAAGUGUCCGCAACAGGAAAUGGAUUUGCACUGGUCCAGCUCACCACGUUCUACAACAUACUGACUCAGGAGCCGUCACGUAAACGCCGUGAUGCCAGUUUGUGUGAGGGGUUCGAUCUGAACGUGAACGUGAUGGACAGUGGGUCGAACAACAUGGACAUUGAAAUAUGCUUCAGUCUGUGUGAGAACCAGGAGGUGAAUCAGACCGGCAUGGCUAUUCUGGACGUCGGGCUGCUGACCGGAUUCAGUUUAAGUGAAAGCGGCGUCCCAACGGACGAGCUGGUCAGAAAGGUUGAUCCGGCACCAGGAAAAGUCAUCAUCUACCUGGACUCUGUAACCAAGAAAGAGAGCUGUGUUCGAGUUCCAUCCUCGGUGGAGUUUCAGGUGGCCGGUGUUCAGGAUGCUGCGGUGACGAUUUACGAUUACUACGAGCCGAGGAGGAAGACGGUGAGGACUUACACAUCCAUGACCAGGAAAGAAGUGUCGACUUGUUUCUUCUGUGGAGGGGACUGCUCGCUGUGUGAAGUCCCAGAACCGUCGGUGUUCGACGGUGUCGUCUCCUCUCACCAGAAGCAGAGUCUGGUUCUGAGCCUGGCAUUGGCGCUCCUCAUCAUCCUGGCACUUCGCUUCUAAAUAAGAGCAGGCCGAAGGUCCAUGUGGUAUUUAUGUUUAUUAAAAUCCAGUCUCCCUCUAGUGGAGCCAGGACUUUUUAAAUAAGUUUUCUUCUGUUUUUUUUGGGGGGCUGAAUCUCAAAUCAUGUUCUAUUUAAAGUGAAGUGAUAAAACGUCACUGUGGGGAAAUAACAAAUACAAAUC